UCAUGCUACCCAGUCAUCCCCUCCUGUAGUCCUGUGUCCAUCCAGCCGCAGACAGUGCCAGCUACACCGAGAAGAUGGUUGCGCUUCUCCGCCCACUCUCCGCCGCCGCCGCCGCCGCCGCCACCCACUUCGUCGCCCCCGCCGGGCCGCUCACUGGUUCCGCAGUCUCCGCUAGUGCGGCCAGCGGCAGGCGGUGGCGAAGCGUGAGGACGAACGCCGGCGGGGGCUGGCUGUCCGGGCUGUUGGGCGGCAAGGGCGGCGGCGCGGCCACGGCGAUGAUGGCGACUCCGGGAACCGUGAAGGCCGGUGACCCCGUGCUGCAUGAGCCGGCACAGGAGGUGGCGCCUGCUGAAGUGCCGUCCGAGAAGGUCCAGGGCGUCAUCGACCGGAUGAUCGACAUCAUGCGCAAGGCCCCCGGCGUCGGCCUUGCCGCUCCGCAGAUUGGCGUCCCGCUCAGGAUUAUUGUUCUGGAGGAUACCCAAGAGUACAUCAGUUAUGCACCCAAGAAGGACAUCGAAGCGCAAGAUCGCCGUCCUUUUGAUCUUCUUGUUAUUAUCAAUCCCAAGCUUAAGAACAUUAGUAAAAGAACUGCACUUUUCUUCGAGGGUUGUCUGAGUGUUGAUGGAUAUAGGGCGGUUGUUGAGCGACAUCUAGAUGUUGAAGUUUCAGGUUUGGACCGAAAUGGCAGCCCCAUUAAGGUACAGGCCUCAGGAUGGCAAGCGCGCAUCCUGCAGCAUGAGUGUGACCAUCUUGAAGGCACUCUGUAUGUUGACAAGAUGGUCCCAAGGACUUUCAGAAUUGUUGAUAACUUGGAUCUGCCGCUUCCCAUUGGAUGCCCUCCACUAGGUGCAAGAUAAUGUGGAUCGCUUGAAAUCUUUCCUCAUCAAAUAGAGGUAUUUAGAUGGCUCCAUACAAUCAGGGCAACAUAAUGAUUACUUUCCUUCAAUAUUCUUACUAGGAAUAGGAAGGCUACAGAACUUGGAUAACUUUUUCAGAGGCAUUAAUUUGCAGGUCAUGGUAAUGAAAAAUAUAGAAGAGCUUUCAGAUGAUAAAUGUAAUCUUCUACUAUAAUCAUAGCCAUCAACUUAACAUGCAAAAUAACACUUGUUCUGAUGUGUGCUCUUGCUCUUGAGAUUUUAUGCUUUACUGGAUGCAAAGCAGGCAGCAUCUAUUUAGUGUAAGGCUACAGGCUUUAGAAUCGCAGAAAGGGGCAGAUGAUAGCCCUGUGAAAGGAAAUAAGAUAAAUAAUACAGGGAACACAACUAAUGAAAUUAGGCUAUUGUAUCCUUGACAUAAUAGAGGCAUGGAAUGAUGGAGCAGAAAGAACACUAAAGCUGGUUGCAGUGAGCAGUUGAGGUUUGUUUUAUCAUGAUUCUUAAAUGCAAUGAGAGUAUAAAACGUUAAAAAGAUAGAAAAAUGUGACUUCGACUUUUAACUUGUUAAGUGUCCAUCCAUAGGAGCUGCUAUGGUUUCAUUUUGCAUAUCAUUUGGAACAGACUACAAGAGACAAACUUGUUCAUUGUUUAGCAUUUUCUCCUUUUAUUUAUGUUUUCCUGUGAUAUAUCGUCUAAUUGUGCAAUAAUUUGUUCUGAUUUGUUUCUGUUCCAUAGUCCCAUCAUUGAAGUCUGAUUGUAAGAUAGGCUGGGCUGCAUGAAAUUGAUGGGCUAUAUAUGGCUAGUGAUAGAGAAAAGGGUGAGAUAACCACUGACAAGUUUUCAACUCAUUUCCUGGGGAUAAGAAGCUUGCCAUGGACUGGCAGAAAUCUCAUAAAAUUAAGUUCUAACUCUACUUGACACCUGUAAAUCUGUAAUAUACUAAUUGAGCGAUGUAGUGAGGUGGUUGAAGUGGUUGAAGACUUGAGGUUCCUUUUCUGUCAGAAUGAUAUAAGGAUUAUGAUCCUCCAAAUCUGGCCUUGAUGCAGCAACUAACCACCUAUGCACUAGCUUUUCUCCAUCGUACAGGGCACCAUCACCGUAGCGCAGAACAAGGCAACCUGCACAUGGUCUGCGGCUUUCUUUAUGUUUCUUCUCCUCUUCAAAGAAAAGAAAAUUUUGUCCCUUGCCCCCACCCACUCAUUGCAGAGUAUCCAAACCCAUAAUCCAUUGAUUAAUUAGUGCCUGGACUAUAGGACUCCGCUUGCGUGUGCCAUUCUCCACGCUGCUAUAUAGAUGGUGUUAGGAAGACACAUACACAGAUCCAGAGCCAAUAACCAGUUGAGUUGCAGAGAUAUUAGCAGGCUUGGCAAUGGCAGCCCGUCAAGGCAGCAGGAGGACGAAGGCAGACCGGUGGCUGUUUGGUGGGAAGUGGAGGGGAACAUCAAAGGAGUCAAGGCAUCCUGUUGUUCAGGAGGCUAAGCCUCCGAAUCCUCCUAUCGUUCAGAAAGAUGAAGGCCUCUGCCUUGAGAAGUCUAGAGUGCAUGUAUCCGCUCUAGAUCGGAGAAAGAGCAUCGAUAUCGCGCCUGGGAGGAGAUCAAUGCCGGAGAUGGAGAUCAACAUGAAAGAAGUUGUUGCUGUGCUCGGGGUGAAGGUCAUGGCUGCAGACAUGCCGCCGUUCAUGCAGUUGCAUGCCUUCCGGUGCGCUAAGCGAUCCCAUGAUAGCUUGGACAAGUUCAGUUCAAGGCAGCUGGCCCAUGAUGUGAAGAAGGAGUUUGACAAAGUGUACGGGCCCACGUGGCACUGCAUCGUCGGUACGAGCUACGGCUCCUUCGUGACGCAUUCCCGAGGCUGUUUCCUCUACUUCUCCAUGGACAAAAUCAUCGUGAUGCUGUUCAAGACCAAGAUAAGGAAAGUGUUGGCAUCCUGAGCCCCUGUAAUGAAAGUUUUUGUGCCCAUCAUGAAGGGUUCGGUCGGUCCAGCUCUAUGAUAUCGAUACCUGUAAAAUAUUAGUGCCUGGAGCUGAAGAGCUAACUUGAAUCAUUGUUGUUUGUGGGUGGCAACUUGCUGCUGAAGGGUGAACGUGGGGCCGUACUGCGGCGCCCUUGUUGUAUUGUAGACUAAAUUAACAGUUGGAAACAUUGAUAAAGAGUGCUUGCUUCGGUGGUGUGUA